AAGAGCAGCAAUUAUGUUGCGGGUAUCAAUUACAGCGACUACUUUAUUCGCGUAUUUGAUAAGCUUUCAUAUCUUAUUCUAACGGGAUUGUACAGUUUAAAACACACAUUUAGAAGUGAAAAUUUUGUGUGAACGGAGCGGUCAGAUGUAUUCGCUAAUAAGGACCUCAAAUAAAAAUCUUUUUGUUGUCCAAUCAAAGGAAAUUUCCUGGAAUGGUACUAGGAGUGUGCUCUUUAAGCAUGAGGGAAAAGGGCAUGUUGGUCUCCUUGUUUGUAAAUCAAAUAAUUAUAGUUCCCUAUUGGAUAGAAAAAUAAGGGAAGAAAAAAAUGGAAAUUUGCCAAAACAAAACAACAAUAAGGAGAAAGAAAAUGCCAUAUCACAGAAAAUUCGAGUUAAACCCGGGGUUUACCAGGACAAAUCUAAUCGGAAUGUCGGCAAGAUUGCUGCUAGUAUUACAAAAAUGGAAUAUUCAUUAAACCAAGAUGAUUUACCUACAACUAACUUAGAGUUUCCUGAGGAUGUCACAUUAUGUUGUUUUAGUGAGAAGUAUUUGAACAAUGGGGAGGAUCCUCUAGUUCUUAUUUCAUCACCAACGCCAGAAAGCCACUUACCUCUAAAACCAUCAAAGCCCUCCUCCAAUAUAGACUUAAGCUCGACACUUAAAUAAAUGGGUUUCUAAGGACAAAUCUG